AUGUUUUUUCUUUCCCCCUUCCUGCUGCGUAGUCGUAGUAAGCGCCUGCUUGUGCAGCUGAAGAGCGCCGCCCUGUCAAAUUUCUAUUACAUGACGCACAAGUCACCUAGCAAAAAGAAUACGAGAAUUGCACUGAGGAAACACGAUCCAAGAGCGGGCAAACAUGUGAUGUUCUAUGAGACGCGGCAGCCGCCAGAAGGCUCGAGGAAGCGGCUAACGCUUCAUCUGCAGAAGUACAUACAUUGGACAGGGAAGAACAUGAAACUCAUGGCCAAGAAGGUUGAGAGAGCCUGGGAAUACGGAGCGUUUCAGAAGUACUUUGACGAAAGAUACCCAACACUUACAGACACACGGGGGAGGUACGGCUGCAGCGCGUUUGUCUCUGCAGCUCUCUCCCCAUUGCUCCUGUGGAUAUUAGGUAUUAUUGAGUAA